AUGGCACCUUGUGGCAAAGAACUCUCUGAGGAUCUGAAAAAAAGAACUGUUGCUCUACAUAAAGAAGGCCUAGGCUAUACGAAGAUUGCCAAGACCCUGAAACUGAGCUGCAGCAUGGUGAGCAAGACCAUACAGUGGUUUCACAGGACAGGUUCCAUUCAGAACAGGCCUUGCCAUGGUCGACCAAAGAAGUUGAAUGCACAUGCUCAGUGUCAUAUCCAGAGGUUGGGAAAUAGACGUGUGAGUGCUGCCAGCAUUGCUGAAGAGGUUGAAGGG